GAUCAAUGCCAGCUUCACCCGAGCAGGUGAACCUUGGCUCCAGUCUGGCAAACUGGACCCGCGUCACGCUGCACAGGCGCGGUAAUGGCGGACGCUGCAGAACCUCCUGAAGAGGCAUUUUGUACUUCCGCAGCGUUUCAACAGGCCGCGAAACUUCCGCGAACCAUUCUUCUGGACAUAUUUCAACGCCUACCCGCUGAAGGGGCAGGCGGGAUUAUUUGCGCCAUGCUCACUUGCAGGGACUGGCGCGAUGCGGUGGUCGCGGAGGAGCGGGAUGCGGGGGGCGCAGGGGGGGAGGCGUUCUGGCGGAGAGUGUUUGAGCGGAGAGGAGGUAUAGAGAGAGAGUGGAGGUGGGGAGGAACUGGAGAGAGGGGAAGUGCGGUGCGUGGGGGAUACACGGGGGGAGAGGAGAGGUGUGGGGAGAAGGGGGGGAGAGAGGAAAUACGGCGGAGGAGGAGUGGAGCGAGUUAGAAGCACCAAACGUGACGCAAGAAACACAGUCAGCAGCAACAGCAGCAGCUGCAACUCCAUCAUCAUCAGUACUAUUACCACCACCAUCAUCACCAGUAGCCAUUACUGUGAUCAAGGUAGACAACACCCUCCUCCUCCUCGGUACCUCCCACGGCCAACUGCAGGUUUGGCACCUCCCCUCUCACUCCCUCCUCACCUCCCUCUUUCACCCUCACCCCCUCCCCAUCACCUCCCUCACUCUCUCUGAAAGCCUCGGGGACCCCCCACGGGUGCCCCAACCGCUCUCCCACGCUGCAACUGGGUGUGCUUGUAACGAGGAUGGCUGCUGUGCUAGUCACGGGGAAAGCUGCUGUGCUUGUAACGAGGAUGGGUGGAGGCUAGUGGCGAGUGCAGCAGCGGAUGGGUCUGUGCGCGUCUGGAGCCUCCCGAGGUGGCCCACUGCCAACAGGCCGCCGUCAAAAGUGUUACAAUCAGAGCCACAAGUGACACAAGCAGGGGCGAAUGAGGCACCGGUACCAGCAGGGGCAACCGAGGCACCACCGGUACCAGCAGGGGCAACCGAGGCACCACCGGUACCAGCAGGGGCAACCGAGGCACCACCGGUACCAGCAGGGGCAACGGAGGCACCACCGGUACCAGCAGGGGCAACGGAGGCACCAACGGUACCAGCAGGGGCAACGGAGGCACCACCGGUACCAGCAGGGGCAACGGAGGCACCACCGGUACCAGCAGGGGCAACGGAGGCACCAACGGUACCAGCAGGGGCAACGGAGGCACCACCGGUACCAGCAGGGGCAACGGAGGCACCACCGGUACCAGCAGGGGCAACGGAGGCACCACCGGUACCAGCAGGGGCAUCGGAGGCACCACCGGUACCAGCAGGGGCAUCGGAGCGGCAGGGGUUCGGAGGGACAUGCAUCGCUGUCAUGCCUCGUAGAUCCGGGUCCUCCUCCCUGUGGUUCUUGGAAGGAGAGAUGGGGGAGAGACAAUUGUGGGAGGACCUAGAGCGAGCGAGAGGAGGGGGA